AUGGAGGAGACUGUGGUCCCUCUUCCCGUGGACCUUCGGUGGGUCUGCGAUGGGAAAUUUGAGUUUGAAGGAAAGACUAUUGGGAGGAUGGAGGGUCUUGUGAUGAAAACCCUAAAAUGGAGAAUGCAGUGUGACCCCGCUCACUUUCAUCGCCUACUUCUGGACAAGUUCAAAGGAUGGGAAGCCACCGAGUUUUGCACUAGCCUCACGGCAGUCUUGAGAUCAUAA